GGCUGACGGUCACGACUCUGCUCCACACCUCCAGGCUUCCUACGGAGGGGAGGAGUAUCGGGGAAAAGCAGGCACACAACUGACCUACAGAGCCAUCGAUAACUUACUCCCUCACAGCAGAAUUACAUAGGAAAGGGGAGGGAGGAAGGAGGGGGAGGAGGAGGAAAAAAAAAAAGAAAAUCCAGAGAAUUCUAGUCUUGCAAAUAUAGUGAAACCGAGCAGUCGGAGUUCAUUUGCUCUAGAAGAGCUAAGAAGGAAGAGGGCGUUAAAUGAAAAACAGCAAGAACAGUCUGUAGCUUUUUUUCCUUACAGUGACAGUGUUUGAGAGGUAAAAUGAUUCCUCCGAGCAGCAUGACUGAAGACAGCGUGGACAGUGGGGAGAAAGAGAAUGAAGUGGAGAGCCCAGAGCAACCCCCCUCUCCAGCAUCCACUACCAGCCAGGAAUCAAAGCUGCAGAAACUGAAGCGAUCACUCUCCUUCAAGACGAAAAGCUUGCGGAGUAAAAGUGCAGACAAUUUCUUCCAGAGGACUAAUAGCGAUGUGAAACUGCAGGUAGACUUGAUGCCUGAGGUGAGCACAAGCACUGGACAGCUCCCCAACUCAGAAAGCCAGGCAUCUUCUCCCACCAGAACCCAGCAGCUGCCAGAAAACAACAAGACUCACAUCUUCCAGGAGCACAUCUUCAAAAAACCCACCUUCUGCGAUGUCUGCAACCAUAUGAUUGUUGGGACAAAUGCUAAGCACGGAUUGCGCUGUAAGGCUUGUAAGAUGAGCAUCCAUCACAAGUGUGCAGACAGUAUCGGACAGCAACGCUGCAUGGGCAAACUGCCAAAGGGAUUUCGACGGUACUACAGCUCACCACUACUCAUUCAUGAACAGUUUGGCUGCAUCAAAGAAGUGAUGCCGAUUGCCUGUGGAAAUAAGGUUGACCCUGUGUAUGAAACUCUCCGCUUUGGGACUUCUUUAGCCCAGAAAACCAAAAAGGGAAGUUCUGGGAGUGGAUCUGAGUCUCCCAACAGAAACUCUACAGCUGACCUAGUAGAAGUUCCGGAGGAAGGCAAUAGCUCUGCAGGCACCCUUGACAUAAGCAGGAAACGCAGCAACAGUGUGUUUACAUACUCUGAAAAUGGCACAGAACACUUUGGAGAAGAACCAAAAAGUAUACAUUCCCCGGGACCAUUUUAUAAAAGCACGUUACAAAUGAACACCUAUGUUGCCUUGUACAAAUUUGUACCACAAGAAAAUGAAGACUUGGAGAUGAGGCCAGGGGACAUGAUCACUCUUCUGGAAGACUCUAAUGAAGACUGGUGGAAGGGAAGAAUUGAUGACAGAACUGGAUUUUUUCCUGCUAACUUUGUUCAAAGAGUGGAACAAAAUGAGAAGAUUUACAGGUGUAUCAGGACAUUCAUUGGCUGCAAGGAACAGGGACAGAUAACUCUGAAAGAAAACCAGAUUUGUGUGACUUCUGAAAAGGAACAGGAUGGCUUUAUCAAAGUAUACAGCGGGAAGAAGAAAGGUUUUGUCCCCAUAGACGUCUUAGAAAACAUCUGAUUUCAACAGCCCACUCACUGCAGUAGGAGCCCUUUGUUGGCAAUGCCUGUCUGCCUCAUCUCACACUGUGUCAACCCAGCUGGGCUGUCUUGCAGAUGUUCAGGGAAAUAGUGAGAAAACUGCAACAACAAGAAGAAAAAGACAUUAGACUGCCACAGCAACACUAAGAAAUAGAAAAGUUGAAUGUUUGAAAGAAAAUAUAGUCAGAAACCACCACGGAAAUGAGAGGUCCUUGGAUACUAACAGAAAUGAGGUAAGGGAAAAAAAAAAAAAAAAGCCCGGGCUUAUUUCUGGUGCAAGAUGGCUGCUACAACCCGGACGGAGACAGACAGCUUGUUCUGAAGGACUAAACUCGUGUCCUGUUCUUGUGUCUUAGAAAAUUGUUGGACUACUUUCUUGUUUGAAGUGUGUAUUUCGGGGGGAGGGGGGGAAAUGCCAUUCAAACCGUCCUCGUACUACAGUCCAAUGCUUGUAGUAAAGUGUGGCUGUGGUUCUACCGUUUUGUCCCCAGUAUCAACUAAUGAGUUUAAGCGUUUAGUCCUGGUAUUCAGUCUCACAACCAAGCAGUUUAUAGACACCGCGUGAAUGUCAGUUCAAGAAAUGCACUGUGCCCUGGAAGAUGGCAAUUUUCUCUUUCUGUGCAAUCUUCCCAUAUGAAGGAGUAGCAAAUUUGUGUGUCCUUUGUUUUCUGUGUAUAUGAACAAAAGCUCUCAGCUUAUGUUGGGUGUGGUGGCUGCUCUCAUAGCUCUCAAAAAUAGCCAGUCCUCCAAUUCACAAGCCUGCUUGGAAGCAUCCCUCUGUGUUUCCUUCAUCUGGUGAGAUGAGUAAAAGUCUGGGAGAGAGCCACAGGCUUGAAACAUUUUAUAUUUUUCUGAGCUUCUUGCACUUAAAAAGAUUUUAUAUAUUAAUCCUAUUUAUAAAAAAAUAAAACAGUUAACUAACCCCUGGAAGACUGAAAGUGCUAGUAAAAGGACUGGCUGCAUAUAGGAGUGAAGUCUGUAAUUAUAGAAAUGCAGAACUCGUGACAGAAGGGCACUGAGUAUCUUAGUUGUGUUCACACACUAAAGCUGUCCAUUUGCUAAAGAGAAGUUUUGCAGAUUCGUCAGUAAAUAGACUGACAUGAAUGUCUCCUUGGCAUAAACCAACAUGACCAUCCCAUGAAUGUUCUCCAUCCUAGUGAGACUGUGCAGACAUCUCUGUUUUGUCCAUGUAAGCCUCCAUCUUCAAACAGGUGUUGGGCACAUGAACCUUUGGGUAUCUGGAGAGCAGUCUGUGGGACCUGUGGUACUUGACCAAAUUCCACAAGCCAGUCAGUGCCAAUCCUCUUGUAGAGCAGGGGUCCUAUGAUGUUUGAAGACAGGGAACCUAAUUUCCAACUACUUAAUUGGAUGUAAUUGCACCAAAUACAUUUAAGCAGCUUAGCAUGUAUUAUGACGUAGAGAUUAAGUCCUAUCCUAAAGCUCCCUGCUGAAUUCAUGCCUUCUUUGACUAGCUUGAAACUGAAUGCCUGUCUUUUCUGUGAUUAAUCCCAAAUUGAUGUCCUAAAUCCUGAUACUGUAAGCCAGGCUAGUAUGGGCCUUUGCAAAGUUGACACUAUUUCUAAAAAGGAAGUUACCAGUCCUUCUCCCAUACACUGAGGCAGUUUGAAUAUGCGUUGCACAAUCCAGGUCUCAGUAGCCAAGUUGCCCUGUUUGAAUAGCUGGUCUUGCUCUGAGCCUUAUAAAAUCCAGGACAACUCUACACUAGGCCAGAAGUUCACAGAGCAGAUCAGUCUUCAGCCUCUCACAGAUAUGUUUUGCAGCUCCUGUGUACCAUUUAAUUGCAGAGGAGGAAGUUGCAAGGCUGUCAACUGGGAACAUGUGGCCCUUUGUAAUGUAAGCACUCCAUACUGAUUAUAAACAACCUCCUGGCUGAUCAAAAGUAUUUUAUUCCAUAUAUUCUGUCGAAAUAUCAGCAAUUUUUUUUUUUCAUUUCAAACAACAUUUGCUCAGCUCAUUUUCCUAAGUAACCAAUAAACUCAGUGGGAGAGGAUUCUGAUAAGCCUUAAAAAUCAAGAGGAAAAGCAGUAGAGAUACAUUUAAUCCACUCUGAUUUAUAAGAUUUUCUUUUAUAUUCACCCUUUGAAAGGAAAAACUCAAGAGUUUAUUAUAAUUACAAUAUUUGCUACUUUUGAUCAGGCCUGUCAAGUGGACAAAAGGAAAUCUGUAUUAAUCUAUACAUAUGUGCUAUUGUUUACAUGAUUGCAUCAUACUGUGAUUCCCUCCUAUUUCAGUCUUCUAUGACUUUGAUUUAUCCCUACAAUGUGCAUCAUACUAUUCAAAGAAUUAUAUGAAUAAUACCUACAAAUCACAAUGGCCUUUAAUCAGUGUCAGUUUGAUUCCUUUUGAUACUGAGCAAUAAAUAAUAAAGUGACUGAGUAAAAACAAAACAAGCCUUAUGUGGACUGCAUUACAUCUGAGAAACUAUUGUUCCUGAACCAAAGCUUUCAUGGUUAUCUUUAAUUUCAGGGGGUGGGGUGGGUUAUUUUUCUGAUUUUUUGGUUGGUUGGUUGGUUGGGGUUUUUUCCCUUUGUUUUGUCUUUUUACUGAGCUUUUGCUGCCAUUUGAUAUGUAGAUAUAAUUUAUGCCUAAUUUAGCAAGAAGCAUAUACCAUACAUGAGUCUUCUUUAAGCAUGUGAUUCACUGUCUAUUUGCAUGCUUAAAGCUGAAACACUUUGUUAAAUUAAGGUCAUUUUACUCAAAUUUAUUUUGGAUGCCUUACUCUGAGUCUAGACGAUUAUCUCAUCUUUUAUUUUUUCCUACUACAUGCAGUUGCAAUAGGUAUUGCUUUAGCAAGCAGUUAAAAAUCAGAUAGAAGAUGGAGUGGACUUUAUCUGACAUAUGCUCAGAAAAAUUGAAUUUUAGGAGAUAAAUGCUGUUCAUAUUUAAUUUAAUAUUCUGCUUAAUAAAGACUAUGUGAUGGUUGAAAGGAGAA